UCGAUUGGCUGUCCCGCCUGCCAAUCAAGAGUGGUUAGGCCGAAGCGGCCAAGUCAGCUGAAAGCAGAGAAGUCGGAAGUUUUGUGAAGUGACCAGUAUCGCCAAGUGACCAGCGCAGGACGCACAGACGACUCGUAGCAACUUGCAGAAAAAAAAAAAAAAAAAAAAACGAAGUACUCGUGUCAGUUGAACACCCGCAAGUGGUAGUAUUUGUUUACACAACUUAGAAAUAGUUUAUUCUGGCGGGGGAGAGUCGGUAACUUAGAAGCGCUACAAUGCAAGAAGUGUCGGACUGCUCGCCCGCUCUGGCGUUCGAGAAGGACGCGUUCGAGCUCACCGUGGAGGACGUGUACGACAUCUCCUACGUCAUAGGCCGGGACCUGCUCAAGAUCGGUGGCCCCGGGGACGUGCUCUCUGGGCUGCAGUUCAAGAUCGUGCGCGUGCUCGAGAUGUUCGAGACCCUGGUGAACAAGUACAACCUGACUAUGGAGGAGCUGAAGAUGGAGCGGGAUAACCUGAAGGGCGAGCUAGAGCGGCUCCUGGGCGAUUGCGCGAUCGAGCACGGCACGCAAAUGCUCGGCCCAGACAAGUUGGUGGUGGACCUGAAGGACCCCAACCGGCCACGCUUCACUAUGCAAGAGCUUAAAGAGGUGCUUCAGGAGCGGAACCAGCUGAAGGCCCAGCUGCUGGUGGCCCAGGAAGAGCUGCAGCUCUACAAGAGUGGAGUUUUGCCCCGGGCAGAGCUGCCAAUGUCAGAGGUAGAUCUGGAGUCCUCGCCCCCAGCUAGCCACAUCUCAGAGAAUAAAGAGGAUGGAAAAGAAGAGAAGACCACAAUCAGAAAACUGUUUUCAUUUCGAAAGAAAUAAACUUCUGGGCAUCUUGUGGAUUUCGUGUUUUCCCCAAGCUGUAAAGGGGAGCAGUCUUAUAAGACUGAAAGGCUGGGAUCAGCUGCACUACAAACCUGCGCAUCUGAACUGCAACUCAUCAGGACUGAACAGCUCAAGGGCUGCUUUGAACACCCGAUGAUAAAUUGCAACAUCCAGCCUACUUCUGAAUCUAAUGUUGAGCGCAAAGAAACAUGGUGACAGUUUAGUAUGUACAGAAAUAUUGUGCCAAACAGUUGCACGCAUUACAUUUUCCAUGUUGGUGUGUAAAACUUGCCAGUUUACUCUCGUAUCAGUUCAUAGUUUUAGAUCAUCUAUUUUUAAACGGUUAUGGAAUUUUAAUAAAGUGAAUGUGUUAGA